AAGUGGUUGUAGGCAUGGGUUGUCGGCACCGUGGUUACGGUUGUGUUAUGCCUGUGUCUGCGUAGGGCCGGUAUUUUGUAGCGAUGUGUUAUGCUUUAUUCUAUACUAGUCUUAUCAUCCACCGCUCAUGGCCGGCUGAUCCCGUUGAUAACGUGAGUGGACCGUCGCUCUGACCACUGACCAGGCAUCGCUACAAAAUACCGGCCUAGUUCUCUGUUCCUGUGGAAGAGCGUGGAACCCGUGAUUGUCACCUUGGUUCCUUGGCUUGCUUCUGUCUGCCUCGGUCCGCUUGCUACGUUGCAGUGCAGCCAGCGAUAGCGCAGGGAAAGUUCAUUAAGCGUAGUGUAGGAAACCAGCUCAAGACGAGCGAAGUGUCUGGCAGCGACUUUGCUGUGUAGCCCUUUCGUCAAGCUUGCAGGUCAAGUUCUUUGCAGAUGAAGAUAUGCCUUUAGUACCGCACGUCGCUUCUGCAGACGAAAAUAUGAUACAGCCAGCGACGUUUCUGUUGCCCUGGCCACAGCAAAAACCAGGAUUCUUAAUUGUCACUACGUUGAUACUUCUCUGAAGCAACAUGAUUGUCAUAUCAUUGAAGCUGCGCUGAAACGGCAUGAUUGACACAUCAGGAGCAGGACUUGUCACCAUGCCAUUGACAUCAGAAGACUCCGGUGAUGUCCACAUAUGUGGAAAGUGCCAUGCCAGCUUCUCAAACAUUGAGAGCUUUCUGGCACACAGGCAACAAGAAGAAGUGUCCCAAAAUGUUGAACCUGUGCUUCCUCUGACCUGCCACCACACCUCAUCAAGCAAUGUGGCAAAAAACUUGGGCCAGUUCCACUCCAACCUGGACAUCCAGCGAAACCAGCCAUGUGGCUCGCAGCCCUGCCAACAAGAAAGUGGCAGAGAACCAGCUGAGACGGCACUGGAGCUUCAUGCUGCUGCAGCUCAUACACCAAGUAAUUUGAGGUCUGCUGAGGAAGCCAACCCUGCUGUUCCACAGGCUGCCACACUGUCCAGAGAUGUUCCUUGGACGCUACAAACCACGGUGCACAGCACUUGCGUUGCCAGUGCUGCUGCCUCUGAUAGUAGCGCUGCUGCAGCAUGUUGUGGACAUGCCUGUUUCUGGCCUGGCAACAAGUGUGUUGUACACUGAGAAAGCACGGACUAAAGCAGGCUUCUGUCGAACAUGCCAUCUUGAGGUGCAGCCAGCCAGGGUGUAGCUUUACUUGCCGAUAUAGAAAGGAUCUGCAAAGGCACAGCCGCAUCCAUACAGGAGAAAAGCCUUACAAGUGUCCUGAGUGCUCAAGAGAGUUCAGCCGGUCAGACAAAAUGGCCAAUCAUCGGCGAAGGCACUCGGGUGAAAAGCCAUUCAGCUGCAGUCAGUGUGAUUAUGCUGCUGCGGACAGAUGGACUCUGAAGAUGCAUCAGCGAGUGCACAUUGACGACAAACCGUAUCGGUGCCAGAUGUGUCCCUUUGCAGGCCGCCACCAAAACCAACUUCUUGUGCAUCUUCGAACACACACGGGUGACAUGCCCUUUCAGUGCCCCGAGUGCGGAGCUCGAUUCCGCAUCAGCUGUGACCUUCAGCGUCAUCUACGAACACACACUGGUGAACGGCCAUAUGCGUGCCACCAGUGUCCAUACAAGGCCUCUGUGCUCAGCAACCUGCGGUCCCAUGAGCGGGCAAUGCAUAGUGCUGACCAGCCUGCUCGUUGUAACCAAUGCUCAUUUUCCUGCUCAUCUAAGCGAGAACUGCGGCUGCACACUGCAACUCACCGGGAAGGUAGUCUGCACUGCACUGAAUGCUCAUACACAUGUGAGCGACGUAGCUCCCUGACUAGCCACAUGAGAAGCCAUGACAAAACUCGGACAUAUCAUUGCCAGGCCUGUUCAUAUGCAUCAAAGCACCCUGCCAACUUACGCAGUCAUAUGAAGAACAAGCAUUCAAAAAAACCAUCAAAGCCAAGAAAAGGAGUUGUCAAUGGACGUCAAGCAGUAUCAUGCCAUCGUACCUAUCAAUGUAGUGAGUGCCCUGAAGCCUUUGUGCGAGAAGAUUCUCUGCGCUCUCAUUGUCGGCUCCACCGCAUGGGCAUCUUGCCGCCUGCUGCAUUACCGCCAGCUUCUGAAGAUGCAGCACAAGUCACCAGUGAACCUCUUGCCACUGCUGACGAGGGCUCAACCACUGUACAGCCAUCCAUGCAAGAUAAUAUUGAACAAGAUUUAGAUCCCACUUGCCUUGCUCCUGCCACAAGCACUGCUACAUUCACAGUGUGCACAGCAUCUGAGCACGUACAGCCACUAUGUCAGCCUUCAGAGGAUGCCAUGGGACCAAGCCAAGUGCUCGAGUGCCUUGUUCAGGACCCUGUGACAAUGGAAUUUCUUCCAGACAAGCAGCUGCUGCUCCUAGCCCCAGGACAGGAUUCGACCUCGGCAUCUACCACCAACCUCUUUCUGCUAGAGUCAGCAUUACAGCCAGCUUUUUGGGCAUCACCACCUGUGGGCACUCUCGAGAACUCUGCUUAGAAAGCUACAAAGGGUUUCCUUUGUAGCUUCGUGCUACAUUCGGGUGGAUCACAAUUUUUCCCUUUCAACAACUUUCAACUACAAAAGGUACCAGAUGUAUGAGGUAUAUGAGAACAUAAUGUCUCCAGGAAUAGCAAUGAUAUUUCAGACAAGAUUAAACAUAUCUGACUCUCCUUUCUCUCCUUGAGCACCUGCCAAGCACAGUUCAGCUAUCAAUGUAUGCGGAUGACAUCUGCGUUUGGACGUCUGCAGUAACACGCCUACAACUGCGAGUGAAGAUCCAGAAAGCCGCAUCUCAGACUGCUAUUUACCUCCAGAAUCGGGGUGUCAAAAUAUCGUCUGAGAAAUGCGCACUUGUGGCAUUUACACGCAAGCCCAUGGCGAACUGCAGCAUAUUGAUAAAUGGCCAAAGAAUACCAUACAUUCGAUCUUGCAAGUUUCUAGGCGUUAUAAUUGACAGCGACAUGUCAUGGAGUUCUCAUGUUUCAUACAUGAAGAAGCGGUUAACAAGCAUCUGUCACCUGUUUAAGUUCUUCACUGGAAAGACAUGGGGAAUGUCCACAAAGGCUAUGCUGCAACUAUACAAUGUGCUGUUUCUCAGCUUCCUGCGGUACAGCUUGCCAGCCUUAACUAACGUAAGCAAAACGAGUCUGCGCACCAUACAAAGUGUUCAAGCCCAAGCGCUCCGCAUUUGCCUAGGCCUGCCUCGCAGUGCAUCAACAGUGGCGACUAUAGCAAUUGCUUGAGACCACCUCGCCAAGACUCACAUUGAGGUUGAAGCAUUGAGGACACAUAUACGACACCUUGCCCGGACUCCCCACCACCACCUGGCAUCUCUACCAGCGGACAGACCACGUACCUCUUUCUGCCAAAUAGCCACGCAUGGUGAAUCAUUACCAACUUGCUUCACUGCUGCCGCAAGACCUUCGAUUCCUUCGUGGUGCCUUACUCAGCCAAAUAUCAACCUGACAAUACCUGGCAUACAGAAAAAAGCAGAGCUGUCAUCACUAGCCCUUAAACAACUCGCCUUACUUCUGUUGUACGAGAAGUACCUAGACUCUGCCCAUAUAUACACCGAUGGAUCCGUCCUGCCGAACAGCUUUACCGCGGCAAUUGUGAUACUAACAAUGGGCACAACUAUUAAAUUCAAGACGUCUCCCUCACAACAUCGACGGCAGCAGAGCUCGCAGCGCUUUGUACCACGCUCCAAUUCAUUCGUGAUCAAGUGACGCACAAAUGGACAAUUUUCUGCGACUCAAAAGCGGCUCUGCAGUCUCUACUGUCACCUUUACGCCGCGGUCCACACGAGCAGCUGGUCUUUGAGAUUGCCGAGGCAGUACACAAUCUGACUGAGAUAGGGCCAGAAAUAACUUUUCACUGGCUUCCAAGUCACUGCGGAAUUGUCGGCAAUGAACGGGCUGAUCAAGCUGCCCGCAAAGCUCAUAAAGAAGAUCACCAACGGCCCAUACCACUUUCUAGGACUCACGCUGCACGGAAGCUCCGCGUGCGUGCUCACCAAUGCACAAGGUCACAAUGGAAUGAAUCGCACUUCAAGCAUGCUCGCUUAUACUCUCUGGACCCAACCCUAAGUCUUCGAGUACCAUCAAGGCUUCGCUGAGGAGACGCAACCCUUUUGUGCCGAUUAUGGUUGGGCGUUGCGUUUACCAACGCCUAUGCGUUCCGCAUACGAAUGGCCGACAGCAUGGCCUGUGACCACUGCAGCAAUGAAGAGUCGAUUGUACAUAUUUUGUGCGACUUCCCGCAGUACAGUGCGCAGAGACAUUCUCUUACCAACGCGUUCAGCCAAUUGGACGACCGGCCUCUGUUGGAAGAAAAAAUUCUCCACCACAGACUGGACUUAAUGUCACAGAAGAAAGCCGUGCAGGCGCUUCUGCGCUUCUUGCGAGCCACCGGCCUAUCUGACCGACUGAUUAGAACGCUCUUCCGGUGAAACGAAACAAUCGCACACCUUCUUUGUGAGUGCCCUCGUUUCAACCCGCAGAGAGCAGCUCUCUCAACCAUGAUAGAUCAACUGGACAACCGCCCAAUAACGCGAAUCAACAUCCUUGGAAACUGGCCUACACGAACAACAGCGCGAGCCGCCCUGAAGGCACUGCUGCGUUCCUUAAAAGACACCGAACUCAGUGACAAAUUGUGACUCGACUCUGUGUGACGUAGGAUGGGACGUUGACGCUAUUCAACACUAGAACGCCUUCGCAGACUGCGUGACAGUACCCACAGAAACAGUUCUGUUUUGUGUGUGUGUGUGAUUUUCUUUCCUUUUUUUCCCCCUUUUUUAUACUUAUUUUUCUCUCUCUCUCCUGUCGAAUCCCUUUACCCCUCCCCCGCUACAAGGCAGCCAACUGGAGAUAAUCUGUGGUUAACCUCCCUGUCGUUCCUUUGCCUUUUUUUCUCUCUCUCUCUACUCAAUAGAACUAGUAUCUUCAGCCUAACUGAUUAACUGAACUUGGCUUCAGAAAUGGCUGUAUGCUUAGAUCAGAUGGGGCUGGUUGAUGUUGGCCAGUGCUUCCACAAUAGCAGCCUUUGGCAAGUUUUUAGCAUUGUGUGCCUAUUUGUUGGUCUUCCUCACAAUGAUGCCCCCCAUAAAAUCCCGUGCAGCAGUUUUAAGUAUUGAAAACUAGGACAUCACAUUGAGGGUUACCUAGCUGCCAAAGUUCACAGCCACCCACUCUUUGCUCAUGCUGGCCUUUUGGGGGGAAGUAAAUCUAUCACUUCCAGUUGGUGCCUAGUGUCCUCGUGCACAGAAAGCCUAACUCUUCACUCUGCCACCUAUUGCUGCUUGGCAAUGGCCAUCAUUGGCUUUUGAGGGUUUCAACUCAUGUGACCUCUACCUGCUGGGGAAACUCAACCACCUAAGUGAUGCCUGACCACUGGCAUUGCAUUCUCUUUGUCAUACAUGACAGUUAGCCAUUAGGAGCGAUUAGCUCUUUUCUCACCGGAAAAACAUGAUUUAAAAACAAAUGAUUUUGCCAACAUAAAGAUGGUGGUGAUCUCCAAGUCACUGUGGCCAGUAUCUAAGGUGACUAGGACUGCUUGUGUUUUGAUGUCCUGUGUCAGACUGUAAGAUGCUACCCUGCAAUAAAUGUGCUAUGUAGUUGACAGAGAGGUGGGUAAAGAGAGAAGUUGAGCAUCCAAACAUUAUCAGAAUGUUGAUCCGAGGCUGUCUUCUUAAUUACCUUGUGCACCGUGUAUUUAGUUAGGCUUGGCAUUGGAAAUACUGUUGUUAAAAGUACUAGCGCUGUGUUUGUGUUUGUGGAUGUGUUUACUGGUGUCCUCGCAUCCUUUUGCACUAUACCUUGACAUUCUAUUUGAUGGACAUGCUGGACUUCCAUAUAGUCAUUUGUCAGUCAGCUAUAUUUUGACUAGAUAAAUCUGCUAAAGGAUUUGGAAACCAUUAGUGAGGGAGCUCUAGCUAUUACGUUAGAAACAUCACAUUUACAGUGUGCAUCAAAUGUUUACAGACAGAUGUGUCUGCUUAAUAUUGUUACGAGAACGAAGGAUUAUGCACUGGAGACUAUUUACAAUGUAUAUUUACAAAAGGCAACUGCAGCGCUGGCCAGUUCAGCCGGCGGCUCGAGAGCAAGGAGCAGUUCGUCUUCGUCGAGGGCGCCCAAGAUGCGUCCACAAGAAACACACAAUAUGCAUGUAGCAUUAUCCCCGGCAGCAGAAGCACUGUCCCGGUUCGUCGUAAGUAUCGGUAGUAACAGGAGGGUAGUACGGUUUUAGGCGUGUGACAUGCACAACGUCAGUGGAAUUCGGGGCAGAGGAGGCACUGGUACUGACUGGGGCGGUUUCAUACGUAACUAGAGUCACAGCACGUAGCACUCAAUAUGGGCCUCUGUACCGAGACAGGAGUUUUUCUGACGGGCCAACGUGACGAGUUGGGGACUACAGGAGUACUAGAGAUCCAGGCGAAAAGUGGACGUCUCUGUGUUGGCGAUCCUACAAACACCGGUGGUUCUCUUGGGAGGUCAGGAGGUGAACGCGGGCAAUUUCACGUGCUUGGGCUGCCCUGGUGAUUGCGUCACGUGCAUAGUCGGUGGUCUUUGCUGCGGCGGAAAGAAGGGAGUGUGUCCAGUUGCAAUGUGGGUUCUCGGCCAAACAACAGGAAGAACGGGGAAUAACCGGCAGUGUCGUGACGCGAAGAAUUGUAAGCAAAUGUGACAUAGGGUAGGGAAAGGUCCCAAUCAGUAUGGUCGGACGAGACAUACUUUGCAAGCAUGUCUGUAAGGGUUCGAUUCAGAUGCUCCGUGAGACCGUCUGUGGAUGGUAAGACAUAGCCAGCUUGUGCCUGUUUGAGCAGGACUGCAGGAUGUUGGCGAUAACUUUAGAAAGGAAUGUCCGACCACGGACAGUGAGCAGUUGGUGUGGAGCUGCAUGCUUCAGAAUCACGUCGCGUAAAAGAAAAUCGGCGAGAACUGUGGUGCAGCUUGUUGGAAGCGCUCUGAUGAUGGCGUAGCGUAAUCUGUCGCCACAGCGACCCACUUGUUGCCAGACAUUGAUAGAGGGAAAGGGCCAAGUAAGUCCAAGCCAACGCGGAAGAACGGCUCUGAAGGAAUGUCGAGUGGUUGAAAGCCAGCGUUUUGUGACGCUGGCAUUUUUCACACGCCGCAACGUAUUUCCGGACAGAGCGGGCAAGGCCUGGCCAAAAGAAGCGUCGGCGAAUCCGGAAAUACGGAUUUUCAGCUGCAUUUCUAGUUUUACUGCAUGACUGCAUUAAAUGUUCUCUUUCCUUUGCAAUCCAUGCACAAAACAAUUAUGCACUUUUGCUGUGUAAUACCUUCACUUCAAGCUUUGGGAAUUUCAGUUUGCAGUGGUACAGCACACGAGCUCAUCUGCCAGCUUUAUCUGAUGAUGCAUGAGGAAGUUGCUCUUGUGGUGUUGCAGUCAGCACUACAGCCAACAACUAGGUGAACGCUAGUUCCUUGAUGAAUUGCAGUCAAUUCCAGCCAUGGUUUCUGGCCACUGAGGAGUAGAGAACUUUGACUCUGAUGUCUAUAGGAAUGUUACAACAAAAUGGUAAUGGUUCCUGUUUGCAAUCGUGCAGUGCCACAGAUUCGUAGGUAUUGGUAAGUUACUCAAGCGGUGCUGGCUUUCUGUCGAGCUCAAUGAGUGUUGUUUAACCAUUGUUGCUGCAAAAAAUAGCUCUUGGAGAUUUGACUACUAACAGUGUUGGAGAAGAAAUUAUAUUGUGCUCUCUAGGGAUGGAGCUCUAACAAGAGGUGCAUAACAGUGUCCAGGACAUCAUGAAGUAGUAUGGCCUUCCAGUCCAAAAUUUAGUUACUCUUAUAGCAACCUUUCAUAUCAGCCACUACGUGCUUGUUUAGCCUUAUUGGUAUCUUCUCGUAGUCCUUCUUGUAGCCUUAUAGUUAGUCUUUCAGUGAGUUCAAAUGGCUGUGGAGUAAGCUUUCUAAUGGGGGUUGACAAGCGAUGCUAAGGCUAUUCCUCACUGUGCAAAGACGGGUUGAAGAUUAGUCACUCCCUGAAAGACUGUUCUGGGGAGGCCAGCCAGUGAGUUGGAAGAGUGCUAGUUUUCUAGAUCACCGAUGCAAAUAAUAUUUUGCUAACAUAACCUUAAAAUGUAAAGCUGCCCAAAAAUGCAAAUUGCUGGCUUAAAAUUGUGAUUUCUCUUGCCGCAUCCUCCCUAGAAGUGCCUGUACAGUGAGGCUUGAAGUACUUGGCUCAGAAGUAUUGAGUCAUACCUGUUAAAUAUUUAAGGCAUGAUCUAAACCCCAGGAUUGUGUCUUGGACCUCUGUUGACACCUUCUUCAAGUUUCUGGGGGCUUGCAUUGUCACCAGGGGAGAAAAUUGUAGCAUCUGCAGAAUAGUUAUUCUUAAAAGAGAAUUUUUGUCCA